AUGGUUAAGAACAACUUUGGCAAGUCCUCUAAGCGGGUGCCCGUCCGCUUAAGACACAAGAUUGAAAAGGCUGCUGUUGCUAAGCAGAAGAAGGCGAGAAAGCUCGCAAAGACCAACCCGGAAUGGCGGUCUAAGCUUAAGAAGGAUCCUGGUAUUCCCAGUCUCUUCCCGUUCAAGGACAAGAUGCUCCACGAUAUCGAGGAGAAGAAGCGCUUGAAGGGCGAAGAGCAGGAGCGUAUCCGGGAGGAGGCUCGCGCCCGCAAGAUCGAGGCUAAGCAGGCAGCCAAGACUAGCGGCCAGCCUGGCGUGGAAAUCGACGAGAACGAUCUGGAUGAAAAUAUGGAUGUCGAGGGCGACGAGUCCAACCCUAUGGCAGCCCUGCUUGCCUCAGCGCGUGCCCGUGCUGCAGAGUACGACGACGAGGAAGAGGAUGACGAUAUGGAGGAGGACGACGAGGACGAGAUGGACGAGGACGAUGAGGAGGGCGGCGUGGUUUUCGACUCUGCCGUUCCCGAUCUGGUCGACGCACACAACCCUACCAAGGAAAGCUCACGGCGCCAAUUCGACAAGGUCUUCAAGUCCGUUACCGAUUCUGCCGAUGUCGUGCUCUAUGUGCUUGACGCCCGCGACCCCGAGGGUACUCGCUCAAAGGAAGUUGAGCGCGAGAUCAUGGCUGCCGACGGUGGCAACAAGCGUUUGAUCCUUAUCCUGAACAAGAUCGAUCUUGUCCCACCACCUGUGCUCAAGGCCUGGUUGAUUCACCUGCGCCGUUACUUCCCCACCCUCCCGCUGAAGGCAUCCAACGGCGCCGGCAACUCCCACUCUUUCGACCACAAGCAGCUGACCGUCAAGGGUACCUCGGAUACCCUCUUCCGUGCCCUUAAGUCCUACGCCCACAGCAAGCAGUUGAAGCGUUCUAUCUCCGUCGGUGUCAUUGGUUACCCCAACGUCGGCAAGUCGUCCGUUAUCAACGCUCUUACCGCUCGUCUUAACAAGGGCUCAAGCAACGCCUGCCCUACUGGUGCCGAGGCCGGUGUCACCACCAGCCUCCGCUCAGUCAAGCUUGACAACAAGCUCAAGCUGAUCGACUCGCCCGGUAUUGUCUUCCCCAGUGCCAACGGCAAGACCUCCAAGAAGUCCAAGGAGAACGAGCAGGCCCGCCUGGUUCUGCUGAACGCUAUCCCACCCAAGCAGAUUGAGGACCCCAUCCCUGCGGUUAACCUGCUGGUCAAGCGUCUUUCCGCAUCGGAAAACCUGAUCGCCAAGAUGCUUGAGGUUUAUGGUAUCACCACUCUCUUCCCUGCGACAAAUGGCGAUAAGACAACCGAUUUCCUGAUCCAGGUGGCUCGCAAGCGCGGUCGUCUUGGAAAGCACGGUGUGCCCAACAUUGAGAGUGCCGCCAUGACCGUGAUCAACGACUGGAGAGACGGACGUAUUCAAGGCUGGGCCAACGCUCCGGUUCUGUCCGUUAACACCGUUGCUGAUAUUGGUACAACUGCCGAUGCUGGACCUGCUGCGGACACCACCCAGGUCGUUACUGAGUGGGCCAAGGAAUUCAAGAUCGAGGGCCUCUGGGGCAACGGCGAGGGUGCUGACGAGGAGAUGGCCGAAUAA